AGAAAAAUAAAGUUUCGAGCUUUAAAAUACGAACUUGUUUUUUAAAUUCGUCUUCUCCAUUCCUGUGACUAUGGCGGCUACUCUUUGGAGAUUAUACUCCAAAUCUAUAUGUAAUUCUCUUCAAGGAAUCAUCUUGAACAAACCCUUUAUCCAGAAACAGCUUCUUCUUUCUUCGAGAACUCGAAGUUUAUCUUUUUCCUCAGAUUCUCAGUUUGGCUCUGCGACAGCUGAGGUUUGUUCAAAUACAGGGUUAAAGACCGGUGGUGGUAUUAUUGUUAAGGAAGGAUUUCUUAGAUGGGAAAAUGGAGGAGGGACAUGUCAUAGCUCGGCUCAAAUUUAUUCCUCGGCUUUGGUUGAGUUUGGUGCAGUGGUUCAUGAAAAAGCGGUCUUAGGUGCAGAGGUUCAUGUAGGAUCUGGUACUGUGAUUGGACCAUCAGUUGACAUUGGUCCUUCCACAAGAAUCGGAUAUAAUGUUUCAAUCAGCAACUGUAGUAUUGGUGAUUCUUGUGUUAUCCACAAUGGAGUCUGCAUAGGUCAAGAUGGCUUUGGUUUCUACGUUGAUGAACAUGGAAACAUGGUGAAGAAGCCUCAAACUUUAAACGUAAAGAUAGGGAAUCGUGUCGAAAUCGGAGCAAAUACUUGCAUUGAUCGAGGCAGCUGGAGAGAAACAGUGAUCGAAGAUGAUACUAAGAUAGACAAUUUAGUGCAGAUAGGCCACAAUGUGAUCAUAGGAAAGUGUUGCUUGCUUUGUGGUCAAGUAGGCAUCGCUGGUUCAGUAACGAUUGGUGACUAUGUGGCUUUAGGAGGACGAGCUGCUGUUCGAGACCAUGUCUCCAUUGUAUCCAAGGUUCGACUUGCAGCUAAUAGUUGUGUUACUAGAAACAUCACUGAACCAGGAGAUUUUGGAGGCUUUCCUGCUGUACCAAUUCACGAAUGGAGAAAGCAGAUUGUUCGAGCUCAGAUUGCGAACAAGAGAGAAAUCUGAAUCAAUGUGCUAAAAUUGUGUUGUUGUAUAAUGUCAUUUGAUUUGAGUUUUUUUACUAAUUUUGCUUCAGGUUUUAAGGAUAUCAAAUGUAGCAAAAACAAAGCUUUAAAAACUAUUUGAACAACAAUAUAGUCACAAGAUUCAUGUACA